CUCCACUUCGUCUGCAUCCGAUUUGAUCUUAUUUCUAUACAAAGUAUCCAGACUGGCGAACUACUUGGGCUCCACCACAAUAACCCUUCCUAAUCAGGACUAGCACUUACUAGAUCCAGUCUAGCGUCAUCUCACGCGCCCUUCCAAUUUUUUGACGCGCAAAAAAAGUAAAAAAAGAAAAGAGACUUUGACUUGACGUUGGAAACUCGGCGCAAUCCGUGUAGACCGACACAGUGCGAACAGACUAAGUCCGCAAGGGAUAACUUUGUUGUGGUCUCCCGCACAUCUUUCCACCUUCAGACUUUCGUCCCGCGCAUUCUUCUGCAAAACCCCACGCCCGGUUUCUUUUUUCGGACGCCAUCACCUUCGCUUUCCGCUUGUCGCAACUGUCGCGCGAUCCGUUACCACAUUGCGUGUCGCAUACACUCGCAUUUUCAUAUUGACUUCCGUACCACCGCCUCAUUCUAUAUACCCAGAGGUGUAGUUAUUUGCCGUCAAAAUGGUGUCUUUCCAGUGUGAGGCAUGCGGUGAUAUCUUCACUAAGAAGAAACUCGAUCCCCAUCGCAAUCAGUGCCGCGGCGCGUCAUUCACUUGCAUCGAUUGUAUGGUCCAUUUCCAGGGAACUCAGUACAGGGCACACACGUCGUGCAUGAGCGAAGCGCAAAAAUACCAGGGCGCUUUGUAUAAAGAAAAGCCCAACAAGGCCCAAAAGAAGGGGCAGAACGGCCAGAACAACGCCAACCAGAAGGGCAAGGGUAAUGCCAACGCCAAUGCCAACAAGCAGCCUCGAGUCGAGGAUGGUUCCGAUGGAGAUAACGUCAAGGCCGAAAUAGCCCCGCCCCCAGCGCCUACGCCCCCUCCUGCAGGUACCGGCAAGGCCACCUCUGAGGCGCUGACCAACGGCGGCAAGCCUAUCAAUGUGUUUGACUACCUGGUCACCGAGGAGACCCCCAAUGCCUCUAGGGUGACUCUCGCCCCCAAGGAACAGAUGAGCAUGGUUGCGAAUGCCAAAUCCGUGUUCGAGCCCAGCAGUGCUCUCGCCAAGUUGGAUACCAAGACCGACGACGAGGGCCACUACGACGUCGCGUAUGAAGAGAACGGCUUCUCAUACGGUGCGGAUCCUAUCCCGCCAUCCAUGUACCCCAACGACGUGCCAAAUGUCUCUACGGAAUUCGUCACGCCCGCGCCAAAGAAGACCAAGAAGGAGCGCCGCAAGGAAGAAAAGCGCGCCAGUGCCAGCGCCAGCGAGAAGAAGCGCAAGCGCGGCCAGGAGAAUCCCUCCAGCCCUCCCGCCGACAUCGACACUGAUAUGAUGGACGCCCCAUCCAGCGUGAUCAACAACGCCGGAACCCCCAUACUCGCACACUCCGGUCUAACCGGUGGAUUGAACCGCAUGAUGCGCUCCCCAUCCCCCGAUGACUCCCCCGACCUCCACCGCCAAUCCUACCACGACGCCUCCUCCCCAAUCAAGCGCACCCGCCGCAACGGCAAAGAGUCCAAAGAAAGCACCAGCAACGGCGACGCCGGCCUGGGAAUUUCCAUCAAGAACCGCGCCGAACGCCUCGUCACCUCCAUGUUUGGCGGUGGCUCGGUCAUCUCUACCAGCAGUGCAGGCAAUGACAACAACUCGCGUGCCCUGGUCCGCACCCGCCGCGGCUCUUCGUCCAGCGCCGAGGGUGCUCUCGAAAUUCGCAAGAAAAAGUCCCACCGCAGCCGCCACGCGUCCGAUUCACACACCGAACGCAAAGCCAAGCGUAAGAGCAGCAACCCCACGGACGGUGACAGACCCAGCCGUCGGCAAAAGCAGAGCGAUGAGCGACGCCGCUCGGACUCGCGAUCCCCGCAUCGUGAGCGCCAGGUUACCAUCUACCGGGCGUCCAAGCCUCCCGCGCGCGCAGAUGACGUUCUGCAGCGCGAAAUGGCAGCGCAUUUCUUGAGUCUUGUGGGUUCGAGGGAUAGUGAGCGGGGGUGCUCGGUGCAUAAGGCGCUGAAGCGGUUCCAUCGUGAUUUCGAGGAUGAGGGUGACGUUGAUCGGGAGGGGGGACGGAGUCGGGAGCGUAGGGCGGAGGAUGAGAAGGAUCUUUGGAGGGCGUUGAGGUUGAGGAGGAAUGAGAGAGGGGAGAUUGUUGUUUAUGUUUGAUCACUACGGGUGCCUACUAUAGUACCUGGGUUAUUUGGAAUUGGGAUGGAUCGUGUGUGGCAGAGUUUUGCAUAGCGCGAGGGACCGCCCAGUUAUGUUAUUGACUGGUUGGCUCUAUUUUGCAUCUUGUUUAUAUGGAUCUACACUAUUUGGAUGACAGAUUGAUAGUAAUGUGUAUGAUUUUGUUAGGAUACACUAUGAGUUCUUUUUGAA